AUGUCCGUCUCGAUCCUCGUCGCCACGUUCCCCCCAUUCCCUACCCUAUCGCUCUCGGUGCCGCAAGACACUCCCUUCUCUACUGUCUAUGAUCUCCUUGCCAACCGUUAUCCUGAACUGCCUCCCAACCUUGCUCUCUCUCCGAACCGUGGCUGCGCCCCUGCACUCAGCGCGCCGAUAUCAACACUCUGGUUUUCCAAUGAUGAAGCGCAAAUGCGGGACGAAUCUACUCGGCUGGUUACUCUCCGACUCGUCCCUCGUCUCCGAGGCGGGAAGGGAGGUUUCGGCUCUCAGCUUCGUGCUGCGGGCGGUAGGAUGAGUAGCCAGAAAACUAGCAAUAACGAUUCCUGCAGGGAUUUGAGUGGACGGAGAUUGAGCACGAUCAAGGAAGCGAAGAGACUCGCUGACUACAUUGAGAGUGAGCCUCUGCGGAAGAAGGCUCAACAGGAAGCUCAAAGAGCCAAGUUAGAGGCUCUCGAGAAGAAGUUGGGUAUUGUAGACUCGGCAAGCAGUACAGACCCGGAGCCACUGGCGGGCAAGAAGCAUCGCUUUGAUGACACGGAAUAUCUUGAACAGAGCAGGGAUCUUGUGGAUAGCGUGAAAAGCGCUGUGUCUGUCGCUAUGUUGAAGAGGAAGAAGAAAGCGAAGACGUCCCAUAGUCCGCCGACAGACAAGACGUCGUCUGUUAUCAUUCCCGCAUCAGCGCCGGCCGCAGCUGAUAUCAAAGCCCCUGCGGCCUCCGCAACUGAUGUCGUACCCGCUGUGUCUGAACCAUAUGUGCUUGACUCAGCUGGAGCAGCGUCUGUAGUGGGCGGGGCAGCUGCAACAAGUGUAGUAGGACUUGCUGGCGCAUGA